AUGGCUAAUAAUAUCUCAACAACGACCAUCGAUCCAUCUGUAGAUAUGUUAAAUACUGCUCGUAUUGGAAUUCAACAUAUUGGUCAACCAAUUCUUUUUACACUUGGUAUGAUUGGAUGUAUAUUGAAUAUAGCCAUUUUUCUUCGUCCAUCAAUGCGUAGCAAUUCAUGCGCUAUUUAUUUUCAUGCAAGUUCAUGGGCUAAUUUACAGUGUUUAACAUGGGGUUUGUUUGUUAGUAUGCUUGCUUCGUUUACCAACUAUAAUCUAUUAAAUUAUAAUUCGGCAUAUUGUAAAAUUCGUUAUUAUAUUCUUACUGCUUCUCAACUGGUCAGUCGAGGAUGUGUUGUCUUAGCAUGUUUAGAUCGUUUUUUAUUGUGUUCCCAAUCAGUUCAACAACGAUCGUUUUGUCGACCAAGUGUAGCAAUUAAAGUUAUGUUAAUAACUGUUACCAGUUGUGCUUGUUUAUCAAUCUAUGUGUUAAUAGUUUAUGAUGUAUUACCUCAAGCACAUCAAUGCAGUACAAGUUCAGCAGCAGGAAAAAUCAUUGAUACUACAGUUUUAUUCUUAUUCAAUUUUGGAACUCCAGCUUUUUUAAUGAGUACAUUAAGUGGAAUGAUUAUAUGGCGAUUGAAACAAAACGGAAAACGAGUUGGACGCCAAAAAGUACAUGUACGUAAACGAGAUCUUCAACUGGCAGUGAUGCUUAUAGGACAAGUGGUUUUGUAUAUAACAACAGCACUUCCAUUUGUUACAAAUUUUGUUUAUUCAACAAUAACACAAUAUGUUCCAGCAUCAAGUAAAUCACCAUAUCGAAUUGCAGCAGAAUCUUUAGCUAUAACAGCGACCGGUAGUUUUGGUACCUUUAUAUUUAAUGCAUUAACUUUUUAUGUUUACACAUUAACAGCACCCAGUUUUCGUCGUGAACUAUUUGCAUUGAUUCUUCCGACACGAUGGUUGAAUCGUUUUCAACAACCAGAACGAACUCAAGUCUCUCGAACUAAUCGUAUCAAUCCAUCAUUUCCAGAUGGUCAUUCGAUCGAUUCACAAAUUCGACGAAAUGCAGGUGAACUUGCAGAACAAAAUAAUAAACAUAGACAUACACGUACCUGUUAUAAAUACGGCGAAAAGUGUCGUUCACAUAUGCCACGAGAGCUCAUUGCUAAAUCUGAAAUUAAUAGCGUCACCGGUACUAUUUCAAUGAAACGUAACCAUAAAUGGAUCAAUAAUUAUAAUGAAUGGAUCAUUUCGGCCUGUCGUUCAAAUAUGGACAUAAAGUUUGUAUGGUCAGGUUGUGACGCCAAAGCGUUAUCAUAUUAUAUCACAGAUUAUAUUACUAAAUCAAAUGUAUCAUUCCAUGAUAACCUGGCACUAUUGGUAAAAGUUCGGAAGGAUUUUGAUGAAAAACACUCAAAUCCACCUGAUAAUAAUAAUAUUCAUGAACGUUCAAGACGUUUACUUCUUAAAAUGCAUAAUACAUUAGCAUCUCAACAGGAAUUAUCAGGUGUCCAAGUGGCUUCAUACAUAUUAGAUUUUCCAGAUUAUUAUACAAAUCAUGAAUUUCAAAAAAUUUGUUUGAUUGCUAUUGAGUAUUAUUUGGAAAAAUGUCUUCAUGAUGCUAAGAAUCACCAAAACAAGGAACAUAUGAUUGAUGACAAUCAUGCAGAAACUCCAGUAGAUAACUUUCAAGAUAACGAUUAUCAUAAUAUGAACGAACAGUUUUUGAUUGAACCAUCUGAUGAUAAUAAAAUAGUUCUUAUAAAUACUCGAAUUGAUUACGAGUUGCGAAGCAACAAAUUAGAGAACUAUUGUUUGUACGAUUAUAUUAGUUGGUUUAAAAAGAAGAUCAUAGAUAAAAACGAUCAAAUUUUUUUGGCACAAACAAAGGAGCAAACUGUUUCUGUAUCACGUGGUCGUCCAGCCAAUGAUCGCUACAAGUUUCUACCAAAACAUCCACAAUAUUCUUCACAUAUAUUAAUGAAAUGGACCAAACCACGAAUACCAGUAUUGAUUGGACCGAUGAUUCCUCGUCGUGAACGUGUAGACACAAGAGAGCGAUACUGUCGCGCUAUUUUAACUCUGUUCGUACCAUGGCGUUCAAUUUCUGAUUUAUGCAAUAUUAAUCAAACGUGGGAAGAAGCGUUUAACACGAAACAAAAUCUUAUUACUCCUGACAUGCGACGAAUAAUUGAAAACAUCCAACUUUUACACGAAUGCAAGAAAGAUCGAAACGAACAUCUCCUUCAACUUAUUCAAGAAAGUAAUAGUGGUGAUAUUGAUGGACAAGUCGUUUUGCAGCAGGAAACAGAUGAUAAUAAUAAUGAUGAUUAUUUUAUGAAUGAAGAUGAUGUAGAUCAAAACGAUAUUUUGAACUUAAUUGCCGAUAUUGAUGAUACUGCACAUGAAUCAACAUUUCCAUCAACGAUCAUGAAGCCCGAGAUUGCUUAUUUCAAUGAUUUAUUAGCUUCAGUAACGAAUGCACAUCGUUUUCCAUACUUAAACGAAUUCAAUGAUUUUCAUGGUGAUCAACUAACUUUAUAUGGAAAUAACAAUCAUAAAGACCAUUUGAUACUUUCUACACCACAAAUGCUAAAACAAAAUAAAAAAUGGCAACUUGAUCUUCAAACUGAAAGACAAAAAGUUCGGGAGAUUACUAUACAUGGUUCAGAGAUCAAUGACUUCAAUGAAAACUCCUCUGUAGAUAAAACAGUGAUGACUGUCAUAAGAAGUGAUUCUCUAAUGGAUGUCAAUAGUUGUAGUGAAAAUCAAGAUAGCAACAUAGAAUCUGUUACUACAAUAGUUGCACCAAUUAUUGCACGAGAACAAAUAAUAAAAGACUUUACUUUGAAUGAAGAUCAAACUCGAGCUUUUCUAAUUAUCACGUCUCAUCUGGAUCAAGACAGUUUUUUAAAGACAGGUAUCGAUACUAUUCAAAAGCAACUUCUUAUGUUUGUGCCUGGACCAGGUGGUACUGGGAAAUCUCAGUUAAUUGGUGCACUUUCUCAAUAUUUCUUACUGACAAAGCGAUCUCACAAAUUACGUAAAUUGGCUCCAACUGCAAUUGCUGCAACCAAUAUUGAUGGCAUGACUAUUCAUUCUUUUCUUAAACAAACAAGAAAAACAUCAAAAAAGAAACAAACAUCAACUUCAAUAGAUGAUUCCAUUAGAAAUGAAUGGCGACAUAUAGAAUAUAUCUUUAUAGAUGAAAUAUCAAUGGUUGGGUUGCGGCUUUUCGCCCGUUUUCAUGAAUUAUUAACAAUUGCUAAAAGUUCUGAUCCAAGUGUACCAUUUGGUGGUAUUAACAUAGUUUUAUUUGGUGACUUUAUACAAUAUUCACCUGUUUUGGAUAAAGCAUUGUUUACAGACGUUUUUGUGGAAGUAGAAUCAUCACUUACAAGUUCUGUAUCAGAAAAGCAACAACCAUUUAGUGAACAUCAAAUUCAAUGUCAAGUUGGCCGAGCGCUUUUUCUUCAAUUCGAUGUUGUUGUCAAACUUACAAUUCAAAUGCGUGUGGAAGAUAAAGAUUAUUCAGAUGCACUCGAUCGAAUGCGUCUUGGGGAAUGUAAAUUACAAGAUUAUGAUUUAUUUCGUUCCUUGGUAGUCGGUCGACAAGAUGGUGUUCAUUCAUUAUCCAAUGGCUCAUGGAGCAAUGCACCUAUUUUAGUUUAUCGAAAUGAAAUUCGUACUGAAUUGAAUAAUCGUGCAGUGAUUAAUAAAUGUCGUGAAUUAAAUUAUCCAUUAGUAGUGUGUCUUGCUCAAGACAGAGUUAAAUCGAAAAAAAUUGAUGAUAAAAAUCUUCAACAGCUACGUCGUUUUCUUUUAUCACUACCUGAUAAUAAAACAGAAUCACUUCCUGGUUAUUUACCAUUAGUUCCAGGAAUGCCUAUAAUACUGACCGAUAAUAUUGCAACUGAACUUGGCCUUUCAAAUGGAACUCAAGGAAUAUUUCAUCAAAUUGUAUAUGAAGAAUCCGACUCCAAUGUCCUUUAUUCGGAUGCUAAAUUUCCGAAAGGAAAGCUAUUAAAACGUUUACUACAGUAA